AUGCAUUGGCUACUCCUCCUCGGAGCCCUCCCUCUCUCCCUAGCAAUCCAUCCAUACACCUAUGCAAACAUAACCCUCCCACCAUUCAUCCCCCAACUCCCAGACAAACGAUACAACCAAACCUCCGACCUUCCAUUCGGCACAAUCCUCACCCACUGCUCCGUGCCAGGAACAAUCGCCCUAACCUUCGACGACGGCCCAUACAUCUACACAGCCCAAAUCCUCGACACCCUCGCUCAGCACGGCGCCCGAGCAACGUUCUUCCUGAACGGCCGCAACAAAGGCCGAAUAGACCAAUUUCCAGAUCUUGUGCGCCGCACCCACCAAGAAGGGCACCAGCUGGGCUCUCACACCUGGUCCCACCCAUCUCUCCCCACUCUCUCCAAAGAAGACAUCGAAAGGCAAAUGAAAACCCUCGAAAACGCCUUCUCCAACAUCUUAGGUUUCUACCCUACCUACAUGCGCGCCCCAUUUCUACAUCAUUCGCCGACUGUCCUGGAGACCAUGGCCGAGCUUGGAUACCAUGUCAUCGGGGCGAGUGUUGAUACCAAGGACUAUGCGCAUGAUGAUCCGGGAACGAGUUGGCGUUCGUUUGAGAAGUUCCUUGAUGGUAUUGAUGCCGGGGGCAAUCUAGUGCUUGCGCAUGACUCGCAUUGGACUACUGUUGAGAUACUAGUGGAUAAUAUGCUGUGGGAGAUUGGGAGGCGGGGGUUAAGUGACGGGGAGUGGUAUCUGAAUGGGUAG